GUUUAAUGAAGGCAUAGAACAAAUAAGAUACGAACACCACAGGUUGUGCCUAGUGAUUGCCUGAAUUAAUUGAGGGUCUUACAAAAUACGCUUUUUAACCUUAAAUCUAAUAACACUAAAAUCCAUUUAUCUAUCCAAACUCUUUCAGAACCCACUCUUAACUGUCCCAUGGCUGCUUCAUGUUCUGUGGCAACCGAAGGUUUUCUCAGACACACCGAUUCAAAUUACACCCUGCCCACUUCACAGAAACUAACAUCGUUGCGCUCUUUCAUCUCUUUAAGCCCUCUGGACGGUCUCUGCUUCGCUCCCAUCAAGCAAAACUCUUGGCCCCAAAAAUUCUCAUGGGUUGUGAAAUGCCAGCAGAAGAAGAAUAGAUGGGAGAAUCACCCUCCAGAGAGUGGUGUUAUGAAGAGGGCACAGAUCAAAGCUCUGUCAAUUAUAUUGAGAAGAGAGGCUGCAAAAACCAACAUGGAAAAGAAGGCAGGACCCAAGAAGUCCAAGAAGCUUCUGCCAAGGACCGUUCUUGAAGCUCUCACCGAUAGAAUUGAUAACAAGCAAUGGGAAUCUGCGCUUAAGGUAUUUGAUAUUCUUCGGGAACAAUUGUGGUAUAGACCAAACCCUAGAAUAUACACUAGACUUUUGGUCAUGCUUGGCAAGUGCAGGCAAUAUGAGCGUGCGGAGUCACUAUUUAAGCUAAUGAUUGAUGAAGGGUUGGAGCCAAGCAUUGAAUCCUACACUGCUCUAGCUUCUGCUUACAGUAGAAGUGGUCUUCUUCAGAAGGCUUUUUCCGUUCUUGAUCAAAUGAAAACAUUUCCUCAAUGCCAACCUGAUGUCUACACAUACAGCAUACUAAUAAAAUCUUCUGUUGAGGUUUCUCGCUUUGAUUAUGUUGAUAUGCUACUUUCAGAAAUGUCAGAAAAUGGGAUCAAGCCCAAUACAGUUACAUAUAAUACAAUUAUUGAUGCAUAUGGUAAAGCAGGGAAAUUCAAAGACAUGGAAGAUGUACUGUCAGAGAUGUUGGAGAAUACAGAUUCUAAGCCUGAUGUGUGGACAAUGAAUGCAACCUUGAGGGCCUUUGGAAAUAGCAGUCAGAUUGAAAUGAUGGAAAAUUGCUAUGAAAAAUUUCAGGGCGUUGGUGUUCAACCUGAUAUAAGAACCUUUAAUAUCUUAAUGUAUGCCUAUGGCAAAGAACGCUUAUAUGAUAAAAUGACUGCAGUGAUGGAAUAUAUGCAAAAAUACUAUUUUUCAUGGACAACUGUCACUUAUAAUGUGUUGAUUGAUGCAUUUGGAAAGGUAGGUGAUAUCGCACAGAUGGAAUACCUUUUCAAUUUAAUGAUAUCUGAGGGUGUUAAGCCAGAUUGUAUAACACUUUGUUCUCUUGUCAAUGCAUAUGGUAAAGCACGUACCAUUCGGAAAAUUGUAAGAGUUAUGCGGAAGUUAGAGAAUUCCGAUAUAGUUCCAGACACUGCAUUUUUCAAUUCUGUUAUGGAUGCCUAUGGAAGGGUUGGGGAUCUAGCUGAAAUGGAGAAUGUGCUUAUACAAAUGAAGGAUAAAGGAUGUAAACCUGAUAGAAUAACAAUAGCUACCAUGACUAAAGCUUACUUGAGUAAAGGUAUGGUUGACAAGGUUCAAGAACUAGAACAGAAAAUGUCGAACAUAGAUAGAUUUGGUACCUACCGCCCUACUACAAUGAAGUCCUUGACCAAUCAAUAGUAAAUGUUCAUCUAAUCAGUGGUGUGAUUCAGCUACUUUCGGGAAUCUGUGGAACUAUUGAAAGUUGAAAUUGCCUUUACAUCCUAUCAGUGGUCAAAAGCUGGGUUUUCAAAAUGAAAUUUUGCUGGAGCAUUCAAAUGCUACAUAACAUGCAAAUGUUUAAUGAGAGAAAACCUCGUUGGAUCCAUAAGGGAUGCUGUGAUAUUAGAUUUGAUCUGUAAAAGAAUUCUGUCAAUGACUACAUGAUGGUUGGAUGCAUUCUAGGGGGUGAUCAUUUGAAUCCAUUUUUGAGCAUUUCCUCUCUUGGUUUUAUUGUCCUCCAAGAAUUCUCUCUAUUGGCUCCAAGUUUCGCCGCUGAUUUUAGCAAUACCUUUUAUCUGAUUUAUUAGGAAAUGUGCUUUUUUAUAUAGCACUACUUGACAUCAACAGUUAGAAAGCUGUUUGUUUGUCAACUUCAGUUUGUUUUAGUCCUUUUGAGAGAUUCACCCGAUGUCAACUUUGUACAUGGCAUUUCUUUUGACAUCAGCCUCAACUUUGAUUUGUAUAAUGAUAAUAUUAUUCUUUUUACAA